AUGAUUCUUUGUCUGAAAAAUAAAAUCCUGUUUUUUUCCUAUGAAGAAGGUCGAGACGUAAAUAGAUCUUUGAUAAUUGAUGGGACCCUUAAUGGUGCAUCUUUUAAAGUACCAAAGAAAGAAAAAGAAGAUUACAACUUAGAAACUAUCUCGAGUCGUCGAAGGUGUCUUGCUAAAAUAGGAUCAGAUGUUGUUUUGGGAAUUUUCCAUUCUCACUCUUAUGUUUUGGUACUAUGUAUGUUAGAAAGGGAGAAACAUUCUGAAUGUAAGAAGAAGAAGAAGGAACAUGCAGAACACUAUAAAAGAUCUUGCGAUGCGUUUGAAAUGCAUUAG